UGGGGAACUGAAGGGCUGUGAGUUGCGUCCAUUUCUCCAAUUAGUGCUCAGGUGUAGGCGGGGUGUUUCUCCUCCAUUUUGUCACGACGCUUGAGAGAAACUGGAGGGAAAAUUGGGCAGACAUUAAUUUAUUCUAUUAUUUUAACGGUUUUAGACAUGGAUCUCCAAAAACAGCGCCAUGGGACGAUGAUGUCGAACGGCUUCAUCUUACCGCAGGGCAAAAUGACGCCCAACACACUUUUCGUGGGAGGCAUAGACAUGAAGGUUGAAGAAAAUGAGAUUCGAGAGUUCUUUUCUCGGUACGGUGCAGUGAAAGAGGUUAAAAUCAUCACCUACCGUGGGGGGAUCUGCAAAGGUUACGGUUUUGUUUACUUCAGCGAGGAUGUCGACAUCCAGACUAUCGUUGAACAACAAAUCAAUUUUAAAGGAAAGAAACUCAAACUGGGCCCUGCCAUCAUGAAGGAGCGGAGUUCUCGUGAGUCAGGUUUUCAAGGUUCUGUCCAGUCACCUUUGACUGGCCCAUCACAAUGGGUAAACCCCUCCCCCUGUGUGUAUUGUACCUGCUGCCCUCCCAACCUGGUUACGCCCUCUGUGCUCAGUGGAGGUGCACAGUACCUACAGCCAUAUUCUUACCCAAGUUUUCCAGGAGUAAUGAUCCCUCAAAUGCCUAUGAAUUAUGCACAGACAGCCUAUCCCUACCAGUAUUCCCUGCCACAGUGGUGUGGUGACCAAAGGACAAGGAUUAUGAAUCAGAACUUUGUGGAUUGUGGAGUCCAGACGUUGCUGACACUUCUGUAGUCCGUUUUAAAUGUGGACUGUCUUCCUGGACCAGCACCCAUGGAAACCAAGGCUGAUGUCUUUCUGGAAAUGACAUCUAAUUGUGGGAAAGCAUCUUCAGCAUUCUACCUCUGGUGUGACUGUGAUUUUGGGAACAAAGGUCCCACUCUGGGUGACAUGUCAGUGUGAUGCCAAAUCAUGGCCAUGUGGUCAAACUUCUAAUAGAAGGCUGCAUACUGUGUACACGUGUGUGUGUGUGAGAGAGAGAGAGAAUUUUUUGUCAGAUUAUUUGUAUUGUCCUUUCUCUGUUUUUGUCAUUCCAAACCUUUUAUAAAAAAAAAAAAAAAAAAAAAAGUCACUUUUAAAGUCACAGAAGUACUUGUUUCAUUUAUGUUGUGCAUUUUAAUGUUUGCACCUCUGUCGCUCUCCAAAUGCUUAUUACUCUCAAGGGGAAGCGACUGUUCUUGAGGCUUUUGUAAAUUGUUCCGCAAGUUCAGUUCAGCAAGUUUUAUAAUUAUAUUUGUUGCUUAAUCUCAUUCAUGCUGGCAAAGCUCUAUUGAUUAACUUCACAUCUCGUCUCACGCGUUGUAAGCACUGUCCUGGUUUUAUCUAUUUUUUUUUUUUUAAUUAUAUUUAUUUAUUUAUUUAUUUAUUUUGAACAACUUGGGAUUCCAGUGUUUGUUGGCAUUUUGAGUAUUUCUCAGCAGAUUUGAGGGGUUUUUUUCUUUGUGGCUUUGCCUAUUUGAUUGAGACACAAGUUAUUACAUUGGCUUGACUCUUAAUUUCAGAUCCGUUGUGAAGAGUGGCCAGAAAUAAAAUCACUGCAUUAAAUAAGAAUGGUUGAUUGAAAAAAGAAAAAAAAAAUCUUUUAACCUUGUCUCUGUAAAAAGGCUUAGUCACACUAUGGGUUUGGCCAAUUUUAAUUCACUAACUAAUGAUGGAAUAACAAUCCCUUACACGUUCACUGGUUGAAACUGAUGUUUGAUAUUUGUGUUUAUUUUAUUUUUUUAUUAUUAUUUAAAGGUUCACUGCGCUUGUAUGUUUCCUUCACUUUGUUAAUGGUGGUUUUCUUCACAAGAGUUGUUUUUAUUUAAAAAAAAAAAAAAAAAAUAGGGUGAACUGUCUUGAAUGGUGAGGUUCGCACUUGUCAUUUUCUUAUGGUUGUAACAGAUUGCAUGCCAACCUAAAUAGUUGCUGGUAAGCCAUAGGCAUUGAACACUAUUGUUUGUGAACACCUUUUAUGGAGCCUUUGGCAUCUGAUGGAUGCUUUUCUCUUUAAACCUCCCAUGGCCUUAUAAGAACCGUAGUUUCUGCUUUGAUUGAUGGCAUUGGUCGAUCACUAUUCAGUUUUGUAUGUAUACUAGUUUAACAUAAAAGGUUUGGAGUCUUGUUGAUAAAGAAAUAAAGUUGAAGUUAAAUAAAAGUUUUACCAUAUGUGCA